AUGAACUGCACCGGACGUAUUAGUUUUGCCGCCACUUUCUGGUUUUUAACGCUUUUGGUUUUUGUUCAAGCAUAUACCACUUUCACUCCCGGGGCUAUUUCGCACCAUGGAACUCCUAUAGAAAUUGAGUAUUGGGAUUUUAAAAGAAAACCUAUCGAUCAGAUGGUAGACAUUACUAAUGAACUUGGUAUAAAAGUAUUGGCGGAACAUAAUUAUUUAAAUUCAAAUAACAUAGCAUUUUCUCCAUACGGGUUAAUGGGAAUCCUAGUGGCUUUAUAUGAGGGAGUAGAUGGUGAAUCUUCGUAUCAAAUCCAACGUAGUGUGCCAUUACCUAGAGAUCGAAGAAUUAUAAGGAUAGGUUUCAGAGAUAUACACCGCGCACUAAAGACAUAUUUUGUUCCUGAAGAAGGAUUUUUGGCAGGAUUGGCUUUAAAUAAUGAAAAUGUAACAUUUACGGAAAGUUACAAAACUGCUUUACGUUUUUAUAGUUUUGAGUUACAAAACGAGCUCAACGCUACAAGUAGUGAAAGCACGAAUAUGACAUCUCCAAUGGCAGAUACUCUAGUUACAACAACAACAACAACAACCACAGUGCAAUCUACUACGAGAGUAAAAGAAGAAAGUACUACAAAUCACGUUACGGAAUCAUUGGGUACCACAACUGCAGCUGCCAUGGAAUCAACAACAAAUGUAGAAAUAGUCACACAAACUGAAUCUCCUACAACUCAGAGUUCGAGUCAAACAUUUACAACUGAAACUAUUACAACACAAACGGAAUCUCUUAUCACAACUGAACUGUUAACCACUCGUGAUUUAACUACUACCGAGAUCGUAUCAUCACCAAUUUCAACAGAAAGUACCUCACCACCACCUACGACUGAAAUUGCAUCAUCAUCAACUGUGACGCAAACCACAUCAUUACUAACUACGACCGAAAGCACAUCACCACAAACUACGGUGGAAAUAGAAUCUUCAUCGACAACUGAAACAAUGUCGUCACCAACAGCAUUUACAAUUAUCGAGGAUAGGCAAUAUCUACUCCAACGAGGAUAUCUGAACAGGCUGACAAUAACACCGCAACAUCUGGGAAUGAUUCCGCGCUGGAGACUCUGCAACGAAGGAAAAAAUCAUUGUUAG